AGGGCCGCCGGCGGAUUGGCUGCGGGAGGAGAGCCCCGCGGCAGGAGAGCCCAGCGGCAGGCCCGGGGUCCUCCGGGGCCCCCAGGUGGCAGGUGGGGCCCGGGGAGCUCGCACCGCCCCCUCCACCUCCUCUGGCGGUCGCAGCUCGCACACUUUUAAGGUUCGCGCGCGGGUCUGGCGCGCCGCGCCCGGCGGGAGCGGGACUGCGGAGUGUGGUCAUGAAGAGCCUCAAGUCCCGCCUGAGGAGGCAGGAUGCGCCCGGCCCCGCGCCGUCCGGCUCCGGGGCUGUCGCCAGCGCGCAUGCAUCAGAUUGGAACAAAUAUGAUGACCGAUUGAUGAAAGCAGCAGAAAGGGGAGAUGUAGAAAAAGUUUCCUCAAUCCUUGCUAAAAAGGGGGUCAAUCCAGGUAAACUAGAUGUGGAAGGCAGAUCCGUCUUCCAUGUUGUGGCCUCAAAGGGGAGUCUUGAGUGUUUGAAUGCCAUUCUUAUACAUGGAGUUGAUAUUACAGCCAGUGACACUGCAGGAAGAAAUGCUCUUCACCUGGCUGCUAAGUAUGGACAUGCAUUGUGCCUACAAAAACUCCUACAGUACAAUUGUCCCACUGAACAUGUAGACCUGCAGGGGAGAACCGCACUUCAUGAUGCAGCUAUGGCAGACUGCCCUUCUAGCAUACAGCUGCUUUGUGACCAUGGGGCCUCAGUGAAUGCUAAAGACGUAGAUGGGCGGACACCACUUGUUCUAGCUACUCAGAUGUGUAGGCCAACAAUAUGUCAACUGCUGAUGGAUAGAGGAGCGGAUAUCAAUUCCAGAGACAAACAAAACCGAACUGCUCUCAUGCUAGGUUGUGAGUAUGGUUGCACAGAUGCCGUAGAAGUCUUAAUUAAAAAUGGUGCAGAUGUGAGCUUGCUGGAUGCCCUUGGCCACGAUAGUUCUUACUAUGCAAGAAUUGGUGACAAUCUGGACAUUCUAACCUUAUUGAAGACUGCAUCAGAAAAUAUUAACAAAGGAAGAGAACUUUGGAAGAAAGGACCAUCUUUACAACAGCGAAGUUUGACGUACAUGAUGGAUGAAGUCAAUAUGAAGUCAAAUCAGAGAGAGCAUCAAAAUAUUCAGGGUCUCGAGAUUGAAAAUGAAGAUUUGAAAGAGAGGUUGAGAAAAAUUCAGCAAGAGCAGAGAAUAUUAUUGGAUAAAGUCAAUGAUUUACAACUACAGCUGAAUGAGGAAGUGAUGGUUGCUGAUGAUCUGGAAAGUGAGAAAGAAAAGCUGAAGUCUCUUUUGGCAGCUAAAGAAAAGCAACAUGAAGAAAGCCUAAGAACUAUUGAGGCUCUGAAAAAUAGAUUUAAAUAUUUUGAGCGUACUUCCACAGGUAUGCCAGCGCAUAUGCAAAGCAGAUCUAUGUUAAGGCCACUGGAGCUCUCCUUACCCAACCAAACCUCAUAUUCUGAAGAUGAAAUUUUAAAGAAAGAGUUAGAAGCAAUGAGAACUUUCUGUGAUUCAGCAAAACAAGACCGACUCAAGCUCCAAAAUGAGCUGGCUCACAAGGUGGCAGAGUGCAAAGCCUUAGCAUUAGAGUGUGAGAGGAUCAAGGAGGAUUCGGAUGAACAGAUUAAGCAAUUAGAAGAUGCGUUGAAAGAUGUGCAGAAGAGAAUGUAUGAGUCAGAAGGUAAAGUUAAACAAAUGCAGACUCAUUUUCUUGCCCUUAAAGAGCACCUAACAAGUGAAGCAGCUACAGGGAAUCACAGACUAACAGAGGAAUUGAAGGAUCAGUUGAAAGACAUGAAAGCAAAAUAUGAAGGUGCUUCAGCAGAAGUGGGAAAAUUAAGAAACCAAAUCAAACAAAAUGAGAUGUUAGUAGAAGAGUUUAAGAGGGAUGAAGGCAAGCUGAUAGAAGAAAAUAAGCGAUUGCAGAAAGAAUUUGGAAUGUGUGAAGUGGAGCGAGAGAAGAAAGGGAGAAAAGUCACCGAGAUGGAAGGCCAGUUAAAGGAGCUGUUAGCAAAGUUGGCCCUUUCCAUUCCAACAGAAAAAUUUGAAAACAUGAAGAGCUUAUUAUCAAGUGAAGUAAAUGAGAAGGCAAAAAAAUUAGUAGAGAUAGAAAGAGAAUAUGAAAAAUCACUUAGUGAAAUUAGACAGUUAAAGAGAGAACUUGAGAAUCAUCGGGCCAAACUUGCUCAGCAUGUCAAACCAGAGGAACACGAACAACUCAAGAACAGAUUAGAACAAAAAUCAGGAGAACUUGAGAAGAAGAUCACUGAAUUAACAUCAAAAAAUCAGGCAUUACAAAAGGAAACUGAAAGGGUUUAUCUGAAUAAUAAGCUCCUCAACCAGCAGGUACAUAACCUAACAACUGAAAUGAAAAAUCAUGUUCCUUUAAAAGUGAAUGAAGAAAUGAAAAAAUCACAUGAUGUAAUUGUGAAUGAUUUGAAUAAAAAGCUUUCAGAUGUAACACAAAAAUAUACAGAGAAGAAGUUGGAAAUGGAGAAGUUGCUGAUGGAAAAUGACAGUUUAAAUAAGAAUGUUAGCCGCCUGGAAACUGUGUUCGUGCCUCCUGAGAAACAUGAAAAAGAGGUAAUGGCUAUGAAAUCUAAUAUUGUUGAACUUGAAAAACAGCUAUCUGAACUUAAUAAAAAAUGGGGUGAAGAACAAGAAAAGAUCUAUUCACUCACGUCUGAAAACACUAACUUGAAAAAGACUAUGAGUAAUCAGUAUGUGCCAGUUAAAGCCCAUGAAGAGAUUAGAACUGCACUGAGUGGCAAGUUAGAGAAAAUGAACAGCGAAUUACUAGAGGUGAGGAAAAAAUUUGAAGCUAUAAAUCAAGAAUGCAUGAAAGUAAAGGAUGAAAAUAGAAUAUUAAAAAGAAACUUGGAAAACACUCAUACCCAAAUAAAAGCUGAGUACAUCAGCCUAAGGGAGCACAAGGAAAAGAUGAAUGCUGUAAGUAAGAGCCUGAAAAAAGUCCAGGAUGACAGCGCUGAAAUACUGGCUGAGUACAGGAGAGGCCAAGAAGAGAUUGUGGCACUGCAUGCCGAGAUCGAAGCCCAGAAGAAGGAACUUGACACAAUACAAGAAUGCAUUAAGCUAAAAUAUGCUCCAAUUGUCAGCUUUGAAGAGUGUGAGAGAAAAUACAAAGCAACAGAGAAAGAACUAAAAGAACAGUUAUCAGAGCAGACCCAAAAAUAUAAUGUCAGGGAAGAAGAGGCCAAGAAGUGCAAGCAAGAGAAUGACAGGUUAAAGGUGGAGAUUUUCACUCUACAGGGGGAUCUAAAGGAGAAGAGUGUUCUCAUUGAGAAGUCUCAUGAAAUGGAAAGAGUGUUAAGCCGAAAAACAGAAGAGCUCAACAAACAGUUAAAAGAACUAUUACAGAAAUACACAGAGGUAAAGAACGAGAAAGAGAAGCUAGUUGAAGAGAAUGCCAAACAGGCUUCUGAAAUGCUUGCAGCAGAGACUCUUUUGCAGAAACAGCAUGUUCCUCUGGAACAAGUUGAGACCCUAAAAAAGUCUCUUAAUGGCACAAUUGAGAAUCUAAAGGAAGAACUGAAGAAUAAGCAAAGGUGUUAUGAGAGGGAGCAGCAGACAGUGACCAAACUGCAUCAGAUGUUGGAGAAUCAAAAGAACUCUUCUGUGCCUCUGGCACAGCAUUUGCAGAUCAAGGAAGCAUUCGAGGAAGAAGUUGGAAUCAUAAAAGCUAGUUUGAGAGAAAAGGAAGAAGAAAGCCAAAACAAAGCAGAAGAAGUCUCCAAACUCCAGUCUGAAGUUCAGGAUACUAAACAAGCGCUAAAAAAGUUAGAGACUAGAGAGGUGGUUGAUUUGUCAAAAUACAAAGCAACAAAAAGUGAUUUGGAGACACAGAUUUCCAAUUUAAAUGAAAAACUGGCCAAUCUGAAUAGAAAGUAUGAAGAAGUAUGUGAAGAAGUUUUGCAUGCCAAAAAGAAGGAACUGUCUGCAAAAGAUGAGAAGGAAUUACUACAUUUCAGCAUUGAGCAGGAAAUCAAGGAUCAGCAGGAGCGAUGCGAUAAGUCCUUAACGACAAUCACAGAGCUACAGAGAAGAAUACAGGAAUCUGCUAAACAGAUCGAAGCAAAAGAUAAUAAGAUAACUGAGCUGCUUAAUGAUGUGGAGAGGCUGAAACAGGCACUCAGUGGCCUUUCGCAACUGACUCACGCGAGCGGGAGUCCCGGCAAGAGGCAGAGCCAGCUGGCGGACAGUCUGCAGCGCCAGGUCAGGUCCCUGCAGCAGCAGCUGGCGGAUGCUGACAGACAGCAUCAAGAAGUAAUAGCCAUUUAUCGGACACACCUUCUUAGUGCUGCACAGGGUCACAUGGAUGAAGAUGUGCAGGCAGCCUUGCUGCAGAUCAUACAGAUGCGGCAAGGGCUUGUGUGCUAGUGCUCAGCACUGACUAGCCGGUGUCUACGUUACCUACUGGUGCUGAGCAUUCGGUGUGCAGCUCCUUGGCCCUUGGGGCUUUACUGUGCUAGAAUAAUGGAAAUAAAAUUAUUUUGCUCCAUCAGAAGAUUCUUUUAAUUAGAUGAUAUGUUACUGAGUUUUUCAGUGUCAGUUCAAAUCAUAUGUUCUAUAUAUGUUAAUUUUACAGUUAGGCAAGUAACAAAACCCCUUGCCUUGGAUUAGCUAUGUAUUUUUAAACUGUUGAGUCCCUAAUAAAAUAUGAACCAUCUGAGUUGGUCCUUAUGAAGAGGGGAUAGGUUGAAAUAACUGCUUAAAGAUUUCUUUUGGAGAAACUAAUUUGGUUAAGUGGAUCAAAUGACCUUUCAGAUCUUCAGUCCAGCCAUGAGACCUGAUGCAGUUUCAAGGAAUGCACUAUACCUUGGCUGGCCAAGUUGCAUUUUUGUUGAAGUAACUUUAUGAGUGCCUUUGACUUCUUUUGGAGGUACAUAUUUUUUUCUUCUUACACUAGUAAUUUUUAUGCUUUUUAAAAUAAAUUUCUUUUCAGAAAUGGUUUGCAGUGCUAAAUUACAUUUAGAUUAAGAAAAGGCAAGGGUGGACUAUAUCAAAAAUUGAUCUUAAAAAUUGCCUCGUAUCUCCACAACAGUAUCUUAAUUUUUACUUGUGAUGGUUCUUGCCACAGUAUUUAGAGAACUGUAUGAUAAAUGGUAUACUAGAGUUUUUGGUGUCAAAACUUUUAGACGUUUUUAGCAAUUACUUUGACAUUUGCUUCUAUAGUAACCAAGCACUCAUUAUACAUGCAUCCUCCAAAUGUUUUGUACUUAUUUAUAGGAAAGUUGCACUAAUGAGGUUAAUAAUGUGAAAUGCAGUUUUCUUGCAAAGUUAGCAUUACAGAAUUGUUUUUAGAAAGUGUCUUGAAGGUUUUAAACAAAAAUGCAAUAAUAUAAUAAACUCUAAGAAUGUGAAAAGUAAGAAGAUAGUAAAAUAUAGUAAAUAUUCUAACCAACCAUUUUUAUUAACUACAUCUCAUAAGGAAAGUUUAUGUUUUGUUAUUUUUAUUAAUAUUUUAUUUACCAUUCAGAUUGAAAAUUAUUAGUUUGCUAGCAAAUAAACUGAACAAAUGAAUUAUUUCAGCCCGUUUUUUUAAAUUGCAGAAUGUGACUUAGCAAUAAUCUGAGUAUCCUGAAUCAGAUUUUUUAUCCCAUUUUUGUAUAAUCACAAGGACAAAAGACCCUCAAAAAUAGCUUCUCCCACCAAACAAUAAGCCAUGGUAUUUUUUCCAUGUAAAAACAACAGUAAAAAGUCAGAACUGGAUAUAUUUUUAAUUCUUUCAGUAGAUACACAGGGUUUACAUAAGCAAUAUUUGGAUUCCUUAAUUUUUAUAUUUAAUGCUGAUUCUGUUUCAUAAGUUUUAUUUAGGUCACCUAUUGAAGAAUAGAGAAAGUUGUUAACUGAAUACUCACAUUUCAGUGUUAUAUUUUCCUUAUUAAGGGUGGGGAGGGAACCUUAUGUAUAUUUUAUUUUGUUUUCAACCAUCAAUAAAAUGUUUUCUGUGGAA